AUGGCGGCGCUGCAGAUCGCCUUCGCCGUCAUCAGCGUGGCGGUGGUCGUCGUCAUCGCCUACUUCCUCCACACCUGCUCGCGGGAGGCCACGCCCAUUCCGCCGAUGCCGACGCCGCCCGGCACCGCUGAGGAUGCGGCGGCGACGGCGGGCGGCGACGUUGAGCUGGGGAUGGACGAGGCCGCGAUCAGCGCGCUGCCCAGGGUAGUGGUGCACGGCGGGGACGCGGCAACGGCGGAAGCUUCCUGCGCGGUGUGCCUCGGGGAUUACGACCGGGGAGACGUGCUCCGUGUGCUUCCAGGCUGCGACCACUCCUUCCACCGGCCGUGCGUCGACCAGUGGCUCCGCCUCCGCCCCAGCUGCCCCGUCUGCCGCACGCCGCCGGCGCCCACAGCCCCCUCGCCCGCCCAAGCCGCCAAUGAUUAGUUCUUAGGGAACUCCGGCAUGUAAAGAGAAAGUGUUUAUAUUAUGUACGAAAGAGGAAUGGCGAAUGUAAUUUUGUGGCACCGCAAUUUCAUGCGAAAUACUAGU